AUGGCGGAAAUAGGGUUUUUAGGGAUGGGAAUCAUGGGCAAGGCCAUGGCAGUGAACUUGCUCCGCCAUGGUUUUAAGCUCACUGUUUGGAACCGCACUCUAUCCAGGUGUGAUGAGUUGGUGAAGCACGGCGCUUCUGUUAAAGAAACUCCUGCAGCAGUAAUCAAGAAAUGCAAGUAUACCAUUGGAAUGCUGUCUGAUCCUGCUGCAGCUCUUUCGGUGGUCUUUGACAAAGAUGGCGUUCUUGAGCAAAUGUGCAGUGGAAAAGGGUACAUUGACAUGUCAACUGUUGAUGCUGAUACUUCUUCAAAGAUCUGUGAGGCAAUUACGUCAAAGGAUGGUUAUUUCCUUGAAGCUCCAGUUUCAGGCAGCAAAAAACCUGCUGAAGAUGGUCAGCUAGUGAUCCUUGCCGCUGGGGAAAAGGCAUUGUAUGAGGAAGCUCUCCCUGCUUUUGAUGUCAUGGGAAAGAAGUCCUUUUUUCUGGGGCAGAUUGGAAAUGGAGCAAAAAUGAAACUUGUUGUUAACAUGAUAAUGGGCAGUAUGAUGAAUGCAUUUUCGGAGGGACUCAUACUGGCUGACAAAAGUGGACUGGACCCUCACACUCUUCUUGAUGUGUUGGAUCUGGGCGGCAUUGCUAAUCCAAUGUUCAGGAUGAAGGGACCAACUAUGAUCCAGGAGAAUUACUCCACUGCAUUUCCUCUGAAACACCAGCAGAAGGAUAUGAGGUUAGCUCUCGCUCUUGGGGAUGAAAAUGCUGUAUCAAUGCCAGUAGCAGCUGCUGCCAAUGAGGCAUUCAAGAAAGCCAGAAGCAUGGGGCUUGGUGAUCUCGACUUUUCAGCUGUUUAUGAGACUGUCAAGAUUGCUAAAGAUUCAUCCUGA